AGAGAGAGAGAGAGAGAGAGAGAGACAGCGCACGCAGGAGGGACAGGAAUUCCCUCGCACAAACAAAGCGGCAGCCAGGGCGUAUACAUGGCUUGGUUUUGUUACUGUAGCCGAUACCUGUAGCUGAAGGAAGUGUCCAGCACGGUGGGCGCAUCAUGUGAGGACCGACACCGCCCGCCAGCCUCCGCCUGUAUCUGAGGACGCUACGCCUGUUUCAUUGUCUCCCACCGCCGCGGACGAGGCGCCGCUUCCCUUCGGCAGACGCGGCUUCUCUCCGCCGUGAGCCGCGAACGCCACCGCACGAAGACGCACCUCCGGACCCCGGGGUCGCUCCCGCGAGGCGGCGCCGCAACUUGCGCGUGAACGGCGGCAUGUCAUCCCCGCGUUCUUGCUGGAGGACUCGGUGAACCCGCAGCGCUUUGAAACAUGACGGGUCACGUCCUUCGGGAACCGGGCGGCGGGACGCGCGUGGACGAUGCCGCCGCCAUCCGCAUCAACGUGGGUGGCUUCAAGAAGCGUCUCCAGUCCGACACAUUGUCCCGGUUCCCCGAAACCAGGCUCGCGCGCCUGCUCCAGUGCCGGUCCAAAGAGUCCAUCCUGGAGCUGUGCGACGACUACGACGACACGGAGAAAGAGUUUUACUUCGACAGGAACCCCACGCUCUUCCCGUACGUGCUGAAUUUCUACAACACGGGGCGACUGCACGUCAUGGCCGAACUGUGCAUCUUCUCCUUCAGCCAGGAGAUCGAGUACUGGGGCAUCAACGAGUUCUUCAUUGACUCCUGCUGCAGCAGCGCCUACCACUGUAGGAAAAUGGACCAGGGGCGGGAGGACUGGGACGAGCGCAGCGACGAAGGGAGCACCACCUCCUCGUUCGACGAGCUGCUGGAGUUUUAUAACGACGCCUCCAAGUUCGACAAGCAGCUGUUCGGCAGCACGCGGAGGCGCAUUUGGCUGAUGCUCGACAACCCCGGCUACUCCGUGGCCAGCCGCAUCAUCAGCAUCCUGUCUAUCCUGGUGGUGCUGGGCUCCAUAGCGACUAUGUGCAUGAACAGCAUGAGUGAGUUCAGCCUGACGGACAGCGAGGGCCGCCCCAUGGAGGACCCCCGCUUUGAGACCGUGGAGCACUUUGGCAUCGGUUGGUUCACUCUGGAGCUGGUUGCCAGGUUUGCAGUGGCGCCCGAUCUCCUGCACUUCUUCGAGCACCCGUUGAACGUCAUAGACCUGGUGUCCAUACUUCCGUUUUACCUGACUCUCCUCAUAAACCUGGUGGUGGAGAGCAGCCCGGCGCUGGCCAACCUGGGACGCGUUGCGCAAGUGCUGCGGCUGAUGAGGAUUUUCCGCAUCCUGAAGCUGGCGCGUCACUCCACCGGGCUGCGCUCGCUGGGGGCCACGCUCAGAAACAGCUACAAAGAGGUGGGGCUCCUUCUUCUCUACCUGGCCGUGGGCGUGUCCUUUUUCUCCGUCAUGGCCUAUACGGUGGAGAAGGAAGACAGCGAGGACCUCUCCACCAUCCCGGCGUGCUGGUGGUGGGCCACCGUCAGCAUGACCACGGUCGGGUACGGAGACGUGGUGCCGGGGUCCAUAGCGGGCAAGCUGACGGCGUCCGCGUGCAUCCUGGCCGGGAUCCUCGUGGUGGUGCUUCCGAUCACGCUCAUUUUUAAUAAGUUUUCCCUGUUCUACAAGAGACAAAAGCAGCUGGAGAUCGCGAUGCGAAGCUGUGACUUCGACGAGGGAAUCAAAGAGGUGCCCUCGGUGAACCUUAGGAACUAUUACGCGCACAAAGUCAAAUCCCUCAUGGCGAGCUUGUCCAACAUGAGCCGCAGUUCGCCCAGUGAGCACAGUCUGAACGAGUCCAUACACUGAAGCGGCUUCAAGGAGCUGUCCAGCGUGCUGAAGCCUCUGACGUCCCACUGCCUCUCCGUAGCUCAGUGCAAUAACGUGUUAAUAUGUGUGUCAGUCACAGUGAGAACGUAAGCAAAUGUACAGGGCAGCCUGAAUAUAAUAUCUCUAUGCGUUCAUAUUGGUUUUUGUCGCCAAACACGCCCAAACUAAAUUUGACCUCGUCACGUGAAAAAAGACAGAAUACGCUCUUGCUGUUUCCAGUCGGUGUCACAGUGUCGUCUACCUCCCCAGCUCCGUGUUGUGACCAAACAUAUCUGAAAGUAGCUCUGUUUGAAAGACUCUUGAUGUAUAAGUUGUGGUGUUGCAGCAAUGUGGUUAAAGCAAACUGCAUUAAAGGACAAAAUGCAUAA